AUGUCUAGUCAUGGCCGUACCAUUAUCCUGUCCAUCCACCAGCCUCGCUACUCCAUCUACCGUCUGUUUGACAGUCUGACUCUGCUGGUUAGCGGUAAACAGGUUUACCACGGCCCCGCUCAGAGGGCUCUGGACUACUUCUCUGACAUCGGGUACACUUGUGAACCCCACAACAACCCGGCUGACUUCUUCCUGGACGUGAUCAAUGGAGAUUCUACCGCAAUCGCCUUCGACAGGAUAAAGGCAGCAGACGACUCGGACCCAGACAGGGUAACCAGUUCCAGGCAGAACAUCGAGGACCAUCUGGUCCAGGAGUACCGGGGGAGUCAGUUCUAUGGAGAGACCAAGGCCCAGUUAGAACGCAUCACCAUGAACAGAGAGUACAGUGUGAAGACUCCCUCUCGGACCAUCACGUACAACACCUCCUUCUCUACUCAGUUCAGAUGGGUCCUGAAGAGAACCUUUACUAACCUCAUCCUCAACCCUCAGACAUCCUUCGCUCAGGUGUGUGUCUGUGUGUUGCUGUGUGUGUAUGUGUGUGGGUUGUAUUUACAAUGGUGUUUGUUCUUCACUUGUUGCCCUUUUCUUGUGGCAACAGAUCACACAUCUUGCUGCUGUGAUGGAACACUGUGGUAUUUCACCCGGUAGAUAUGGGAGUUUAUCAGAAUUGUAUU